CGCUGAGCCUGCACUGAUAGACCACCAUCUAAAGGAGCAGUCACGUCGCAGUCCGAGCGGGAGCGCCUCUAGGGACCCCUCCUGGACGCGCGUGCAUAUAAAAAUCAACGACUUGCCCCUCCCGGACAAAGUGAGGUCCAGUCUGGUCCAGUGCGCGUGUGCUGCGCUUUAUGGAUGCCUCAGCAGUUCAGCAUCUCCAUCAGCCCUGCCCUGCUCAGCGGAAUUAACAGGAGGAUUGCGGAUUUCUUCUUUAGUCCAAUACGUCCCACAUAUAGUGAGCCAAAUUGACUUAUUAUGGCAAACAGAGGGCCCAGUUACGGACUGAGCCGGGAGGUGCAGGAGAAGAUUGAGCAGAAAUAUGACUCGGACCUGGAGCAGAGGCUGGUGGACUGGAUAGUUUCUCAGUGUGGAGGAAACCUGGACAAACCACAGCCAGGCAAGGAAAACUUCCAGAAAUGGCUGAUGGAUGGAACCAUUCUAUGCCGACUCAUCAACAGCCUUUAUCCAAGAGGAAAAGAGCCCAUCAAAAAAAUUCCAGAGACCCAAAUGGCCUUCAAGCAAAUGGAAAAGAUCUCUCAGUUCUUGCAAGCUGCAGAAGCUUACGGAGUCACCACCACUGAUAUCUUUCAAACUGUGGACCUCUGGGAAGGGAAAGACAUGGCAGCAGUGCAAAGGACACUGAUGGCUCUGGGGAGCCUGGCGGUCACAAAGGACGACGGUCAUUACAAAGGUGACCGGGACUGGUUUCACAGGAAAGCCCAGGGAUAUCGACGAGAGUUCACUGAAGAGCAGCUGCGCCAGGGACAGAGUUUGAUCGGCCUUCAGAUGGGCAGCAACCGUGGUGCUUCCCAGUCUGGUAUGACAGGCUACGGCAUGCACCGCCAGAUCAUGUAGACGCCAUACAAGCUAGCAGGUCACCCUGCUUCCAAAGCUUGAAUCCCAAUUCAUACUACGAAUGUUGUAGUCCCAGAUCUACUUGUAGCGCCUUCCCCGUUAACCUCAAUUUCCCUGAAAUGCUGCUCCCGACAUUUCGACCCAUGUCUUGGAAAAUGAUGUCAACUGCUGUGAAUAUCUUGUUUAUAUCUUCUUCUGUGCCGUUCCCUGUUUCCUUUUUGUUUUUCCUUCAUCCACAUCAAGGUAUUUAUGUGGAUUUUAGUUGUUUUGGUUCUCUUUUGCAUUUUCAAAGGCUUUUGAGGAAAAAAAAAUCCUCAGUAUUAAGCAAAUAUGUAGAGAUCUUGUAAGCCACUGUUACAGCAUGGUGUUUGUAUUCUUAUUUAUGUGUAAAUUUGCUUUUUUUUGUUUUACACUGACUGUUCUGGUGUGUACUAACAUUAGCCUCAAAUAAUGGAGCUCUGUAAGUGACUGCUUCCUUUUCUGAAGAAUUGUUGCAGUAUUCUCUGUAACCAAAUCAAUCUCACUUUGUGCCUGGUUAUGCGAAUGAGGCGCUUUGGUAUCUUUUCCUCAAUUAACAAAUAGCUGUCAUUCAUUCUGAGCCGUGCCCUUGUUUGUUCAUUGUGUCAUUUGUGAGAAAAAGAACAGGAAUAAGUGCAGUAGUCGACAUGUACGACAGGACAGUUUGCAUUUUUGGUGUUGGGUUAACAGAAUGCUAUAUGUGCACUCGUGUGUGUUAUGUUUAUAUUUUUUCAUUAUAUUUAUAUCUCAAUGCUUGUAAGAAGAAGUAUUGGAAGAAUAAAAAAAGAAAAAAUGAGGAAAUA